AUGAUAGAACUUACUUCAAUAAUGGGUGAAGAUAGUUCUGCACAAUCAUUAAAUCUAGAAAGCUGGAUGGGUGAACUACCGGAACAAUUAAAACAUGUUCCAUUUAUAUAUCUCGCUAUUCCAGGCAGCCAUGACUCUAUGACAUAUGGUAUUUCACGUUCCAGUGGAGUUGCUCCAGAUGCAGAGCCGAUUAUCAAGAAAUUGUACCCUUUGUUUCGAGGUACGAUAUUACGUUGGACCAUAACCCAAGCAAUAGAUACCUCGCAGCAACUGCUUAUUGGCAUUAGAUACUUGGACUUAAGACUUGCAACAAAGACAGGUGAUAAUAAAUUUUAUUUUACUCAUGGAGUCUAUGCCAAUGAAAUAACAGAAGCUUUACACCAAGUUAAAGAUUUUGUUGAUACACAUCCUGGAGAGGUAGUAAUAUUAGACUUUCAACAUUUUUAUGGCUUCACUCCAGAUGACCAUCAGCGCCUUAUGAGAAUUUUGUUAAACCUUUAUGGGCCACGACUUGUUCCAAGGCAAAUAGAAUUGCAGAGUAUUACAUUGAAUUCACUCGCCAGGCUAAAGCAACAGGUUGUGGUUGUAUACCGAAAUCGAUCUGUUUAUGAUACAAACGAGUUUUGGCAACCACAGAUGUUACCGUCACCUUGGCCCCAGCAAGAUCGAGUCAGCGGUCUUCUCAACUUUUUAAGGAAUGUCAAACGUCAUCCUGGAAUGGGAUUCGUGCACCAAGCUGUAUUGACACCUACACCUGCUUUUAUUUUAUUUAGGUGGAUAUCCACACUUCGCGAUAAGUGUGCUGUUCCUGUAAAGGAUGAGGUACUUCCCGAAUUAAUAAAUUUCUCUCCAGGACCACCACUAGCAAAAGAGCUAGGCAAUCAGUCACCAGUCAAUGUUGUUAUUGCAGACUUUGUUGAAAUGGACAACGCAAUAUUUUCUAAAACAAUUAUACAGUUGAAUAUGAAGCUUCUAAAGAACUUAAUUGAUCAUAGU